AUGAUCAUCACAACACCGACUAAAGAGGGCAACAACGUCUGCCUUUCCCAGCAGGAGAUCAACACCUUCAGCUUGAGACCUGCAGCUGCUGACCGAAGGCACAGCACGGACCGGACCACCAUGUCUGGUUCAGGAUCAGGACUGGGACAUGGUCCUGUGGGCUCAGACCAUUACCAUCAAUACCAUCAACAAUUCAGCGAUGGAGCAGUAACCACCACGGACUGCCUAAGACUGCACUUGUCCACCUUCAGCUGUCUGCAGGAUGGGUGUCACCCUGAAAAUUGUUCACACAGCUCAAAUGAUGUAGCAGCAAAGUCUUGGGAUCAGUGCAACGGCAACAUUCAGGUUUCUAGACAAAUGAGUUGUUACACAGAACCACCAGCUGUCAGACCAGUAGAUCCCCCCAGUUUCCUGUCUCAGAGCUAUCCAAACUACAGCUCACUGAGCCCUUUACAACAGGUCUCAUCCAGAAUUCACCCAAACAAUGAUCAGUCCAACAGCUCAAAGUAUUCUCUCCAAAGUUUUCCAAGUCAGUCCCACCAGGAGAGCCCCUCACAGUCUCUCUUCCCCAAGCCCAUUUAUUCAUACAGCAUCUUGAUCUUCAUGGCUCUGAGGAACAGUAAAACAGGAAGCCUGCCAGUCAGUGAGAUCUACAGCUUCAUGACUGAACACUUUCCCUAUUUUAAGACAGCUCCAGAUGGAUGGAAGAACUCUGUGCGUCACAACCUCUCCUUGAACAAGUGCUUUGUGAAGGUGGAGAACAAAAAUGGGAACUCAUCCCGUAAAGGUUGCUUGUGGGCUCUCAAUCCAGCCAAGGUGGAGAAAAUGCAAGAGGAGCUGCACAAGUGGCGUCGCAAAGACCCUGUGACAGUUCGAAGGAGCAUGGCCAAGCCAGAAGACCUUGACCAGCUGUUUGGAGGGAGACCUGAAAAAUUCAGGUCUUUGCCACCUUAUACCAACUCAACUUUGUUGUCCAGAGGGGCUCCUGCCUACGACAUCACCUCCUUGGCCUGCAGCCCAGCCCAGCUUCAUCCACCCUGUGUACCUGUUCUGCGUUCACAUUAUGCAAAUAUUCAACCCCAGCAGCCCUGCUACCUUCCCCCUGGUGCGGCUCAUCUCGGCAACUCGUUUGCCCUGUACUCACCCCAUGGACAGUCAACAGUUACUGGAAGCCUGAACUCACCCGUGGCUCAAAAGGUGCCACCUGUUUACAGUGUGGCACAGGCAGAUUACAGCGCUGGCCACAGAAGCAUGCAGGACUUUCUGCUGGAGGGAGACGCCAGUUAUGACAUCGAUGCUCUUGACCCAAGUCUGACUGAUCUUCAGCUGCAAGGUAACCUGUGGGAGGAGCUAGGAGAAGAAGGCCUGAUAUCUGACACCCAAGUUACCACCACAACCCCGUCCACGACCUCCGCCCUGCAGAGAAGCUGCUUACAGAUCACACCUUCUCCUGCUAGCGAGACAGCUGCCUGUCAGCGUAAGGCUGGGUUUGAAGAAGGAAACACAGCGCACUCUGAUGAGCCCGGCUUUUUGCAUGGACUCCAUCCUGGGAUUUAUUCAGGGGUGGAGAACCUGGCGGGGUACCUGACCUCUUCCUGUAGCACACCAAUCUCCCUAAUGUAA